AGCUGUUUCCGGCCACCUCAGCGGGAAGCGGAGACGCCGGCGGCUAGCUGUUGGGGAAGUGAGCGGUAGGUGUAACCGGUCACCGCGGGAGAAGAGAGGCCAGCGACUGAGGCGGCCGGGUCUCCAUAGCCUAGGAAGAUGGUGCUGCUGACGAUGAUCGCCCGCGUAGCGGACGGGCUUCCGCUGGCCGCCUCGAUGCAGGAGGACGAACAGUCAGGCCGGGACCUUCAACAGUAUCAGAGUCAGGCUAAGCAGCUCUUUCGAAAGUUGAACGAACAGUCCCCUACCAGAUGUACCUUGGAAGCAGGAGCCAUGACUUUUCACUACAUUAUUGAGCAGGGCGUGUGUUACUUGGUCUUGUGUGAAGCUGCCUUCCCUAAGAAGUUGGCCUUUGCCUACCUGGAGGACUUGCACUCGGAAUUUGAUGAGCAGCAUGGGAAGAAGGUGCCCACCGUGUCUAGGCCCUAUUCCUUCAUCGAAUUUGAUACCUUUAUUCAGAAGACCAAGAAGCUCUACAUUGAUAGCCGUGCUCGGAGAAACCUCGGCUCCAUCAACACUGAAUUGCAAGAUGUGCAGAGGAUCAUGGUGGCCAAUAUUGAAGAAGUCUUGCAGCGGGGAGAAGCACUCUCAGCAUUGGACUCAAAGGCUAACAAUUUGUCCAGUCUGUCUAAGAAAUACCGCCAGGACGCGAAGUACCUGAACAUGCGUUCCACUUACGCCAAACUCGCAGCCGUGGCUGUAUUUUUCAUCAUGUUGAUAGUGUAUGUGCGGUUUUGGUGGCUGUGAGGUGUAGUGAGCCUAGUCGCUGGUAAGGGAGAACCUAGAACCCGGCAGGCGUAUGUUUUCAGGAAACUGAGCUCACAGGGCUGUGUAUUAGAAUCCAAGAGGAACUUCUGCCUCUAAAGACCUUGCAAGAAAUGACCUGUCCUGAAAAUGAAAGCUGGCGCCUCGUUUAAGGAAAGCUUAACCCAUGUGGAAGUCUCUUUGGGGGCAGAGGCUUUCUCUGGGUGCUCAGCCAUAUGUAUUAGGGAACAGUAGAUUGUUUGUUUCAUUUCUUUCCCUCCCAGGACGUUUGGAAGACAGCAGAACUGGGGCAUUCUCUUUCCCUGGUGGAGCCAUCAGUGAAUUUAAGAUAGCCACCCCCUGCUAGCAACAUCCUGAAAUUCCCCUCAAAGAAGGCGGCCUGCUGGGGGGUCUUAACUUUAAUCAACAUUCCUUUGUUGGUGACAUUUGUGAUUGACUUCCAAGUAAAACUCAAAGUACAUGAAAGUCAAUUGCUCUGCUGCACAGAUCUUGUCUGUUGGCCACUGUAGGAAGUUAGCCUUUGUUAUUUUUCUUUUAUAUUUUGCUUAUUGCACAGUUGCUUUGGGGUUAAAUCAGUUACAUUAACAUGCCUUGAAAUUAUAUAGUAUUGCUCGACUAAAAGAUUGAAGUUUUUC